AGAGGGAAAUGGCUCUUCAAGAACAAGAAUAUCAAAAUCAUGACAAUGAGGAAUUUCAUGGGGAAGAACAAAAUGGAAUGGAAGAAGAACAUAAACCCUCGGCCUUUACCGGUCUCCGGCGCAAUGAUUCUCUUGAUGUCGAAGCCGGAAAAUUAAGUACUACUCCCAAUCAUUCCAAGAAUGAAGAUUGGAAGAAGAUGAUGGCACUGGCUUUUCAAAGCUUGGGAAUAGUUUAUGGGGAUAUAGGAACAUCACCUCUUUAUGUUUUCUCAAGCACAUUCACUGAUGGAAUUAAGGACAAGGAUGAUAUACUUGGUGUGCUAUCUCUCAUUUACUACACCAUCACUCUCAUCCCCCUUGUCAAGUAUGUUCUCGUUGUCCUCCGAGCCAAUGACAAUGGAGAUGGUGGCACAUUUGCAUUGUACUCAUUGAUAUGUAGACAUAGUAAAGCGGGGUUAAUGCCAAGCCAACAAGCAGAAGAUAGAGAUGUGUCUAACUUUCGCUUAGAGUUGCCAAACAGACGUUCACAAAGAGCCUCAAAGUUAAAAGCAGUCCUUGAGAACACCAUGUUUGCAAAGUACUUCCUUUUGGUUGCCACCAUGCUUGGAACUGCCAUGGUCAUUGGGGAUGGAAUUCUCACUCCUUGCAUUUCAGUUCUAUCAGCUGUGUCUGGUUUGAAGCAGGCCACCAGUUCCUUGGAUGAUGGUAAAAUUGCUUGGAUAUCAGUUGCCAUCUUGAUCUUACUAUUCAUGGUUCAACGUUUCGGCACUGAUAAAGUUGGCUAUACCUUUGCUCCAAUUAUCACCAUUUGGUUCAUAUGCAUUGCAACCAUUGGCAUCUUCAACUUCUGCAAAUAUGAUCCACUUGUCUUCAAAGCUAUCAAUCCAAUUUACAUUGUUCACUACUUCAGACGGAACGGAAAAACCGCUUGGAUUUCUCUUGGCGGCGUCGUUCUUUGUGUCACCGGAGUGGAGGCAUUGUUUGCUGAUGUUGGUCAUUUCUCAGUGAGAUCCAUUCAGAUUAGUAUGUGUUCAAUGGUUUAUCCUUCUUUAAUCAUUGCAUAUUCUGGACAAGCUUCUUAUCUUAGACAACACAUGGAUGAUGUCUCUAACACAUUCUACAAAUCUAUACCUGAGACUAUCUACUGGCCAAUGUUUGUCAUUGCUAUAUUGGCUGCGAUCAUUGCUAGCCAAGCGAUGAUCUCCGGCGCAUUCUCCAUUAUUCAACAAUCUCUAUCCUUAGGUUGCUUUCCUAGAGUGAAGAUCAUUCAAACAUCAACUAAAUAUGAAGGCCAAGUAUAUGUGCCAGAGAUGAACUACAUUAUUAUGAUAGCUUGUGUUGUGAUCACUCUAGUGUUCCAGAAUACUAGUAAAAUCGGCAAUGCUUACGGUAUUGCAGUGGUGUUUGUGAUGACACUCACUUCGGCGUUUCUUGUGCUCAUUAUGAUCAUGAUAUGGAAACUAAACAUAGUAUUGGUCAUUCUUUACAUCCUUGUGCUUGGAUCCAUUGAGAUUCUCUACUUGAGCUCAGUGCUUUACAAAUUCAAUGAUGGGGGAUACAUUCCUGUAGGCUUCGCGGUUUUUCUAGUUGCUAUAAUGAUCAUAUGGAACUAUGUUUACAGGAUGAAGUACAUGUAUGAGAUGGAACACAAGGUACAGACGGAAAGGAUGACGGAGAUUGUUGCCGAUCCUAACUUGAGAAGAGUCCCUGGUCUAGCUCUCUUCUACUCGGAGCUCGUCAAGGGAAUACCUCCAAUCUUUGAACACUACAUCAACAAUGUGCCAGUGUUGCACUCAGUGCUUGUGUUUGUGUCCUUGAAGUCAUUGCCGAUAAGUAAAGUACCGAGAGAUGAGCGAUUUCUUUUCCGACGAGUAGGGCCUCCGGAGCUACUCCUAUUUCGGUGUGUCGCGAGGUAUGGAUACAAAGAAACAUGGAGUAAUGAGCACGAAACAUUUGAGUCUCUUUUGGUUCAAGGAUUGAAAGAGUUUAUUAAACGAGAGGGUUUGAAGGGGAAUGAAGAGAUAGAGAAGGAGGUGGGGGUGGUGGAGAAGGAGAUGGAAUUGGGAGUAGUUCAUUUGUUAGGAGAAAGUGAAGUGGUGGCCAAAAAUGGGGCAAGUUUUUGGAAGAGGAUGGUAAUAGAUUAUGCUUACCAUUACAUGAAGAGGAACUUGAGACAGCAAGAUGAAGUUUUCACUAUUCCUCGACAUCGUUUGUUGAAGGUAGGGAUGAACAUUGAGCUCUAAUCAAUGUUUUUGAUGUAAAAAUCAACUUGAGUAUUAGAUAAGAUAAUAUUUCUAUGCAUGUCUUGUCUAUUGAAUCUAAC